UUAUGAAUAAAUGGCAAUGCUGUUGCUAUAAAAUAAUUUCAAGAGCAUGUUGACUUUACAUACAAAAGUACUUAAACUUUUGUUUCUUAGUUUUUGUAAACUUGGUUUUAGAAUUGGUUUGCAGAUGUAACUAUUUUCAAAUUGCUUUCAAUACAGUAUUCUGUUUGCUUAAGUCUGAUUUCAUAUAAGAGUUUUCAUAUUGUAACAAGAGAAAGAAGUAACAGUAACAUGUUUUAUGAAAUAGAGGAAACUAUAAGUAACUUUUCAAGUGUGAAAGUAUGUAAGCAAUAAAAGUGAGACAUUAUCUUUGGUGCAGAAGUGUGGCCACGUUUCUCUUCCCAGACAGAAGCAGGGCACAAUUCUUCCCAAGGAUUUCUGAAUCUCAGAGAAAGGAGAAACACAAUUCUUAUUUCAUUUGCUGUGUCUGUGUUGUGCUGACGUAGAAUACAGUAUGAGGACUGUUUAUCCAAAGUGGUGGUGUUUUGUUCCCUACCAGGACCUACCAGGACCCAAGAGUGUGUGUGUGUUGUGUCAGACUGGGGGCCAAAAGUCACGAGAGAGUCACAAAAUGAGUGUAGUUCUGUGCAGUGGUGAGCAGAGUGAGUGCUUGGCUGAUUCAGUUUAGAUGUAAUGAAGUGAUUAAUUAGCCUUUAAUAAAAUGGAGUCAUAUGCAUCAUUGUCUCCCCUUUGCUGGGAGUUGCCUUUGAUUCGGUACAAAACUAUUGAACGCAGAGAUUGAAAGCAUGGAGCACGUGUGUUCCAGCUCCAGCACGGGCCCAGGUGCAGCUCCUGGGAACACCUGGUGGCACAGGCACAGGCACACGGUGUCCCCACAGCCCCUUUUGCAGCCUCUCCCCCAGUGGCAGCCCCGGGCAGGCGUGGUGCCAGCACGAAGGACCAGCCACCAGGAGCCAGGACAUGCCCCCAGAGGCACUGGGUGAGACUCGGGCUCGCCUGAUGUGUGCUCCCCGUGCCCAAAGCAGGAUUCCAGCUCUGUCGUGGGCGGCUGAGGGACCGUGGCUGCAGAGUUCUCCAGCCCUUCCUUGUGUGUGUGAGUGCUGCGAGGAGCAGUCCUCCGCCUGUGCUGCUGGUGUCCCCAGCCCAGCCGGGGCAGCGGGGGGACACGCCGGGGGACGCUGCUGUCUCUGGGCGUGCGUGUGAACACGGAGGGGUCAGGGCGGGUCUGGGCAGCCUUGCCCCGGGCAGGAAAGGUGCACGUUGGUUCCACCCGAGCCAAGUGGAGUCCCAGCAGUUUCCACUCAAAACGUCAUUCCUUUGCUGAACUAGAUGGAGUGAGAUCUUUAUUCAUUUCUCCCUGUUAUGAGCUAACACAAGGGUUUCUCUUGUAUUUUUUUGCCUUGCUGCUGUUUUGCCAUAGGACAUUGUAUCUGUGUGAGGGGGAAGCUGAGGAGGGGAAAAAGGGUCAGUGCAGGAGCUGUGGGAGCUGCUGGGUGCAGAUCUGGAGGAAAGGGAUGGCAAGGGAGCACCGAGGCAGAGUGGAAAGGAGCUUUGCCCUCAGCACACACCGAGCUCAGACAGUCACAGUGGCAGCAGGAUUAAAAAAGCAGAGCAACUUUCAAAAAUUAGCAAAGAGCAAAUGCUGCUGAAACAGCAUCGCCAGGUGUGGUGGCAAGAGUAUAAAAGACUGAGUGAGAGCAGGCAAAAAGCAGAAGAAGAAAUGAAGACUUUUCUAGAUGAAGAAAGCCAUAAGAAUAGCAUUUUUUUUGAUUUGAGGGAACUGGAGCAGAAAUUGUCCAAGGAGUGGGACACAUAUCAAACCAACGCUUUAGUUCCUGUCUGGCAGCUAAAGGAGGAUUUGAAACUCAAGCUGUCUCAAGUGCAGCGUUACCUCUCAAAAGAAUCUUGUCAGAAACCCAAGAUCAAUUCAGCUGAAGUGUUACAGCAGAUCAAAUUUAUGAAGAAUCAACAGAAGGCAAUUUUGGAAGGUCUCAUCCUUGAAAGUCUGGCUUUGGAAAGAGAGCUCGAAGAGCACAAAGAAAAUGCAUUAGUGCACCCUUCUGAAGAGAAAAACGGGCUUUUCCUUGAGGUUCCCCCCGAGCUGCAGUCUCUGGAAUGCCCCUACCCCGAGCUGAAGGCCUUGGUGGUGCAGGAGUACCAGGAGCUGGCCAGCGGGCACCGGGUGAAGCUUCAGCAGGUGCAGCAGCAGCUGGAAGCUCUGUGCAGGAACAGUGACUGGAAGGAAGAAGAUCAGUGGGUCUUCCAGACUGUUAUCAAUCAGUACCCAAGUGAUCUCCAGAGGAGGAGGACUUUGUACCUGGAUAUGCUGCAGAGGUAUCUUCCCCACAAAUCCAGGCAGGAGCUGGUUGCUCAUGAGAAGGCUUUGGAUCACUGCCAUUCCAUCAGGAACCAGCACAGAGUCCUGCUGUCAGCCUGGGCUCAGCUUAGGAAAGCCUUUGUCCUCAGGGCCCUGGCGACUGCUGCUGAGGCUGCUGCUGCUCAUGAGGCAGAAGUGGUGCUGGCUGACUCCAGGCAAAAGCAGCUGGAGAUCUGUGCUGACCUGAAAGCAAAGAACAGAAAGAUGUUCCCAGUAAUGCUGGAUGAGGAAAGAGAGGACCUGCAAGGACAAGCUGUGAGAAAUAAACUGUUCACACACUGCCCUGAGCAAAGCUUGAUGUGCUGUCAGCCCCAGGGAACUGACACUGCUCCUCUUCUGGAUCCUGACUUUUACCAGUGCUCAUCCCAGCCCUCACUGAAACUGGUUCUACAGUGGAAGGCACAGCAGGAAGAAGCUGCUAAACUAGAAGCUGCUGUAGCUGCCAGAAGAAAAGAAAAGGAAGAUGAGAGAGAAAGGCUACAGAGAGAACAGGAAACCAUCCGUAGAGCUCAGGAUAAAGAGAAACUGAAAAAAUACUGGGCUGAGAAAGAGCGCAAGUGGCAAGAACAGGAGGAGAGAGAUCUACAACAGCUGGAGGAAUUGAGAAAAUUAAUGGCUGAACAAGCAGCCAAAGACAGAGAAAGGGUGCAGUUCCGACGAGCCGUGCUGGAGAAGCGGCUGCUGCAGAGGAAGGAGCUGGCGCUGCUGCAGGCCCGGCAGCAGCAGCAGCAGGAGAAGCGCCUGGACGCGCUCCGGCAGCAGGUUGCCAUUGUGGCAAAAUUAGAUCCAGCCAGAGCAGUGGCUGACACGGUGGCGUCAAAAGCUCGGAUGGGCAUUGGAGCCAGGGACGAGUCUGAGCUGCAGCAGCCCCUGUUCAGGCUGCACACCUACAGUGAAGAGCAGACAGGUUUGGUGCUGCUCAGGCUGCAGUGUGUGAUCCCCACCCAGCACAUCCCAUGCUCCUUCCCAGUGCUGCAGGGGCUGUGGAUCAUGUUCCCAGUGCUGGUGUCCAGCAGCUCUGGGCACUGGGGAGGUGAUGCUGGAACUGGAAGCAACGUGUUGCUCUUCCUUGUGCUUCCAGUGCAGUCCCACUGCAGACCAUGGAACAGGGACUGGAAAGAGGCUUACAAAUUUGUCAGAUAAACUUUUGACAAAUUCCAGAAGUAAUUUCCCUCAGAUUAAUUGUCGUUCUGGCAAAUGGAAGUGGCACUGCCACGUAAGCACAAGGUGACACUGAGAAAAAUCAUACAGGCGUUUGAAGCACUUGGAUUCUGUAGGAACAGCCAGGAAGAGAUUGGAGUCUGUGCUGCACUUGGGGCUGUGUGCAUGGAGAACAUGGGGGAAGGCAGCAGCUCCUCAGGGAGCUUUUUGGCUCCUAUUGAUCAUUGCUGUGUUUUU